CUUAUGACAAGAGGUAAUCUCUUUCCAUUGUUGUAUGGUAAACGUUCAUCAUUUGAUGGAUACAGAAACAGAGAAAAUCUAUGUGACCUUUGGUGGGCGCCCAUGGUUUUGAGGUCGACGACAGAACCAAAUUUCCCGUUAGCAAUAGAAUUCUGGGUUGAGAAGAGGAGAGGGAAGGCGACAAUUUUUUCUUUUUUACGUGAAAGGAUAUAAUUUUGGGAGAUAUUUUAUGUGGGAGAAAACAAAACAAACCAGGUGAGUAUGCAAAAAUAGGAAUUAAUAAAGGUAGAAGAUGACAAAAACUAUAUCUCUGCUCUGGGUGUAGAAGGCUCCUUUGGUCUUUUCAUUCUAGGUUCUUCUAACAAUUUUUGAUCAGGAUAUUGUUUAGGUUUAAAGCACAAAAUAAAAAUGAAUAAGAUAAUGUGGAAAGAGGUGGGCCUACCUUGAAGCGACUCAUAUUUUUUGUCAUGUUCGAAGUCAUUUUUCUUUGUUAGCAAGCAACACCGCAAAGCAUCAGAGAGGAGUUUGCCCAGGGAGGUGAAAGAGGAGGAAGAAAGAGAUGGAGGGCCAAGAGCAGCAGAGCAAGUCUAGGGUUGUGAAGAUUGAGUCUGUUGAAUCCUGGGACUUCUAUGUCAACCAAGCCACAAAUCAGGGAUGCCCAAUUGUUGUGCACUUCACUGCUUCAUGGUGUAUGCCUUCAGUGGCUAUGAACCCCUUUUUUGAAGAACUGGCCUCAUCUUUCCAAGAUGUUCUGUUUCUCACCGUUGAUGUUGAUGAUGUUAAGGAGGUAGCAACGAGGAUGGAGAUCAAGGCCAUGCCGACAUUUUUACUGAUGAGGGGAGGUACUGUGGUUGAUAAGUUAGUCGGUGCAAAUCCAGAAGAGAUAAGGAAAAGGAUCCAUGGUUUUGUGCAGUCCACUCGCGUAUAUGUUGCAUGAUGCAUAGCAUAUCGAUGCAUAGCAUAUCGAUGCAUGUGAGUUCAUAAAUCUGUUGAAAGUGUAAAAAACUUAUGUGGUUGCCUUGUUCGUUUGAGAAAACAGGGGUGUUUGUCUUGGUGCAUCACUGCAGCACAGAUGUUGUUCUGGUGAUUGUGUAUUGUCCUGUAACUGUGUGAUUUCAAUGUUUGAAAAUGUUAUCAGCAGCUGUCUUGCUUUGUCA